UCACUCGGUGUCGCUGUGAAAACGCCAACCCGAAAGUAAGCUCGCUUUUUGCCGCUUUCAAUCUUUAGCUCAGGCAAUCAUGGCGGACGAGGUGGAUGUUGUUGACAUCGAAGGAGACGAGUGUGAUGGAGAUGAUGGUGAUCUGACGAGAACAGUGAUGCUCCAGGAUCAGUACUUGCAGUCAGCAUGGAGGACUGACCCAUCUGUACUGCCCUGGACAUUGGACAACUCGAUCAGUGAUGAGAACAGAGAGAUCAUUGAGAGCAUGCUGCUGGAAGAACAGUAUUACUUUGCUGGGAAGAGCGUCCCAAAAGUGGCGUGGACUGACGAAAAGCCUAAAGUAAAAAAGUCGCCGGCGAAGAGCUCUGGAGCGCCGACACGUUGGGCCCAAGAGGAGAAAGAUCUCUUUGAGAAAGGACUAGCUCAGUUUGGGCGGAGGUGGACUAAAAUCGCAAAGCUGAUCGGCACCAAGACUGUUCUCCAAGUGAAAAGCUACGCCAGGCAGUACUUUAAAAACCAGGCUAAAUCUGAAGAUCAGGCUGAAGUGUCUUCUACGCAGCCCCAGAGAGCACUCCUUCAGACACCAGAAUCCAGCCCUUACACGGUCCAGCUUGAGAAUUCUGCUCUGGCUAACGCUGUACGCAUCGAACGGCUGUCUGACGACGAGGACGUGGACAUCACAGACGACCUGAGCGAUGAUGCGAGUCAGCCGGAGAACCAGGCCGAUUUCAGGGGCGAGCCUCGAGAUCCAGCAGGUGAAACCCAAACACCGUUUUCUACAGACAUAUUAAUCAGUGACGUCUCGGCUGCGGCGGAAACGUCCGAAGCGUCUGCCGAGGUCAUUUCCGAAGAAAACAUCAGCCACUUUAAGACAGCGAUCGAUCCAGGAGAGUUCUUGUGUGCAAAGCCGCAGCAUGAGGACGAGUGCACCGAAGAUGAAAUCGAGAAGAGCCCCCUAGAGGACACGGAGGAGCAGGACGAAGAAGAGGAGCUGAAGCCUCCGGAGCAGGAGGUCACUCUGAACACAAGCACCAUCACUGACGAGGAAAAGGUGGCCAUCCCAGAAUUCUUUGAGGGUCGUCUGUCGAAGACGCCUGAGCGAUAUCUGAAAAUUCGCAACUAUAUCCUGGAUCAGUGGGAGAAAAGCAAACCCAAGUAUUUGAAUAAGACGUCGGUGCGUCCAGGCUUAAAGAACUGCGGAGAUGUGAACUGCAUUGGCAGAAUACACACGUACUUGGAGCUCAUAGGGGCGAUCAACUUCAACUGUGAACAGGCGAUCUAUAACCGCCCUCGGCCGCUGGACCGCUCCCGUCUGAAGGAAAGCAGAGACAGUCUGGAGGCCUAUCAGCUGGCUCAGAGAUUACAGUCCAUGCGCACAAGGAAACGACGAGUGAGAGAUGCCUUUGGGAACUGGUGCGAUGCCCGAGACCUGGAAGGCCAGACCUAUGAGCAUCUGAGUGCAGAAGAACUGGCCCUGAGGAGAGAGGAGAUGAGAAAAAGGCACCCGAGGCCAUGCAAACUCCCCAAGCGAGGCUCUUUCGAUCCAUUCCAGUUAAUCCAGUGCAAAGCCUUCGGAGAGGAGAGACAGGAACCAUUCCAAGUGAUAGUGUGUGCUGAAGCGCUGGUUGUCAUGGAUGUGCACGCUCAUGUCUCUAUGGGAGAAGUGAUCGGACUCCUGGGUGGAUCUUAUGAUCAUGAGGACAAAGUGUUAAAGAUUUGCGCAGCAGAACCAUGUAACAGUCUCAGCACUGGACUGCAGUGUGAAAUGGACCCCGUCUCCCAGACUCAAGCGUCUGAGAUGCUUGGGGCCAGAGGACACAGUGUAGUUGGCUGGUAUCACUCGCAUCCAGCUUUUGAUCCAAACCCUUCACUCAGAGACAUUGACACUCAGGCAAAGUACCAGAAUUAUUUCUCUCGAGGAGGAGCUCCAUUUAUCGGAAUGAUUGUAAGCCCAUAUAACCCCACUAACCCCUCGCCCGUGUCCCAGAAUACAUGUUUGCUGGUGCAAGAAGAGAGCGGAUCUGCUGGCACUCAAAAGCUUCCCUACAAGUUUGAAUAUCAAGUCUCCGCUGAAACUCCAGACUUGAAGGAAGUGAUGAGAAGAGCAGAAUGGGUGGUGUUCAAGUACAGGCAGUCGUAUGGUUGUGUGCCCAUGGAAAGACUCUACCGCAGAGACUCCUCCCUCACAUGCCUGGAAAAGAUGCUCACAUCACUUAGGACGGUUCUCCCAGAGAUCCCAGAGACGGAGGCCUUUCUGGUCCAGAUCGAAGCGUUGUUCGUUACACAUUUCAUAGAUAAGCAGGAGACCGAGCAAGCUUCCGGCUCCACAUCUCAUCUCAUCACGUUCACCACGUCUGAACUGAUAGAGAGCGGCGAAGUCUUGGACUACGAGGAGACGUGUUCGUCAGAUGAGCAGCCCGUCAUUAACGCUAGCAGUUCUGAUAACGUUUUUAACAGCUCAAGUUCUGGAGUUGCAGCUGGACAAGAAGCAAAUAUACCUCAUGUAGCAUCAGAAAAAUCUGAGUAUUAAUAAUGAUGAUGUAAGUCGUAGCUAAGUUAUUAAGGAUUAGUCUCCUGUUGCUGCAGAUACUAAUAUAAUUCGGUUGUAUUUUGUAAUAAGACCAAUUAUCGUUUGUGAAGCACUAUACCUAAUGUUAAUAUCAUAUUUUUUUCAUUAUGCACACCGAUUCACUAAAACCAUGUCGGCAUUAAUCAAGUAUACUGUAUUAACUACCCAAGAGGGUUUUGUACUUGCUCUCUCUUUCUCUUCACUAUGUCUGCUCUUUUUGAUCAGUUUAAAUGUACACCAUUUGGCAGACACCAUCAACAACCAGCAAACACUCAUGUCUUAGGCUCUCUAAAGUGUUUCUUAACUCUACAGUGUUGUGUAUAAAUAAUGUCUAACCGUGA